AACUCAGAGAGACUGUACGUAACGACACGAGCAAUCGAAGCCCGCAACAACUCGGUUUCCCAUUAACCUUGCGAGCUUUACGUACUUGUGCGUCAACUCCCCAGUCCCCCCACCGUCACUGUUCUACAGAGGAAGAAAGGGGGAGACGGGCAACCUGUAAAGAACGUUUUCACACAAAUAUGAGCGGCAGCGGGCGGCCCAGGACCAGCUCAUUCGCUGAGCCUCCCGGAGCUCCCGGAUCCGCUGCAGCCGGUGCCGGAUCAGCAGUAGCCGGAGGAAGCUCGACAGGAAAAACUGGGGCUUCUCAAGCCAGCGGAAGCAGCUCGACGGGCUUUGGGAAUUUGAAACUGCCUAGAGACAGCGGCAAAGUGACGACAGUGGUAGCCACGCCCGGCCAGGGCCCUGAUCGCCCGCAGGAAGUGUCCUAUACAGACAUUAAGGUUAUAGGAAAUGGCUCCUUUGGAGUGGUCUACCAGGCUCGCCUCCUCGACAGCCAGGAGAUGGUGGCAAUUAAGAAAGUUCUGCAAGACAAGAGGUUUAAGAAUAGAGAGCUGCAAAUUAUGAGAAAAUUGGACCAUUGCAACAUUGUGAGGCUACGUUACUUCUUCUACUCCAGUGGAGAAAAGAAAGAUGAGGUCUAUUUGAAUCUGGUGCUGGACUUUGUCCCAGAGACAGUGUACAGGGUGGCUCGGCACUUCAACAAGGCCAAGACCACCAUCCCCAUCAUCUAUGUUAAGGUGUACAUGUACCAGCUGUUCCGCAGUCUGGCUUAUAUCCAUUCCCAGGGUGUGUGUCACAGAGACAUAAAGCCCCAGAACCUCCUGGUGGACCCAGAGACGGCCAUCCUGAAACUCUGCGACUUUGGCAGUGCUAAGCAGCUAGUUCGGGGGGAGCCAAAUGUGUCCUAUAUCUGCUCACGGUACUAUCGUGCCCCAGAACUCAUCUUUGGUGCCACCGACUACACAUCCAACAUUGACAUCUGGUCUGCUGGCUGUGUGCUAGCUGAGCUGCUGCUGGGUCAACCCAUCUUUCCCGGAGACAGCGGUGUGGACCAGCUAGUAGAGAUCAUCAAGGUUUUGGGGACACCAACCAGGGAGCAGAUCCGGGAGAUGAACCCUAACUACACAGAAUUCAAGUUCCCACAGAUCAAAGCACACCCUUGGACAAAGGUAUUUAAGCCUCGUACCCCACCAGAGGCCAUUGCGCUCUGCUCUCGACUGCUGGAAUACACACCGGUGACCAGGCUUUCUCCCCUGGAGGCAUGUGCACAUGCCUUCUUCGAUGAGCUGCGCCAGCCCAACACCCGCCUGCCCAGCGGUCGAGAACUGCCGCUCCUCUUCAAUUUCAGUCCCGUUGAGCUGUCUAUCCAGCCUCAGUUGAACUCCACACUCAUUCCUCCUCACGCUCGUGCACAGACAUCACCUGCCUCACAUGAGGGCAGUGUGUCAGACAGUACCACCCAGCCCAGCUCAGCACCUGGAUCCAUCAACAACAUCACCUGAGCAUCCAUCCCUCUGUCAUCCUUUCUCUUUUGUCUUCCCCUUUUUCCAUUUCAUCUCCUCUGCUCUUCUCCCUCUCAACCUUCCUCCUGGCUCCAAACCCUUAAACUUGAGAAACAAAAAAUUAUACACACCCACAUAAACACCAAGCAUUGCUAUGUACCCUGAAUGUUGAAACAAUACAAAGUGAUUUCUGUAGCUGCUAUCUUCAGAAGGGGGGUGUGGAUUGUUUUUAAGGACAUUUAGCUAGCCCAGCUUGGGCUUCAUAUAAGCUGCAGCACAAAGUCCAGGGUAUACAUGUUAUGUGGAUUUGUUGUAUUAUAAUUAACAGUUGACUUUUAUCCCUUUUAUGUUCAUUUUAUUUGCAUUGGCUAAUUUUGUGUCCGUCCAUGGUGCCAUUUAAUGUGGCCCUGACUGGAUAUGGAGCUGAAAACAAGAGCCGUGUGUGAGCCCUAACUAAUAUUGACAAUCAUGCUUAGUUGGGCCAAAAAUGGUACACUUACACUGUACGUAGUGUUUGAUUGUAUAGCCCACCGAGGUAGUUAUGUGGCUAUUUGGUCACUUUCUAACCUGAUCUUUACUCAAGUAUUGUCACUUCACCCAGGUCAGUGGUGAACAAACGUGAGGGUUUUUUUUUUUAACUCUCCCAGUUUGAUACCAGAUAAACAUAAUGGCUGAUUUUGUCCGUUAUUUUAGAUAAAGAGGUUGUUUUAAAUUUUAUUACAAAGGAGGGCACCACAGCCUGUAUUUAGUUUAUUUUUUAAUAUUGGCUCCUCAACUGACUUUAUGUGAAUGAGAGGGAGCUUUAAAUGAGCAGACUGCACACAUCUUUAGUGUCCUUAGUAUACGCUCAUGUUCUCAUUGAUUAAGCUGGAAACAAAGCAUUUCAUGGUGAUUCUCAAAUGAUUAUUGCACAUCUUGAAAGGGAGCAGAGGGAAAGCAAAGGGGAGAGUUAUGUCUACUGUCAAGCUGUUAACAUAACUUCACACCGAGGGAGCUGUUGGUGUCAAACUUCAUCUAAUACAGGAGCCUCAGUGUUUUCGAUGUCGUAAACCCAGUGACCUAGCACUGUAUGGUGAAUAGUCACAUAAUUAAUUGUCGCCUUUACAGUAUUAAUUUUAAUAUCGGCUAGAUUAUGUUGAAGAAUGAAAUCGGCUACAGAGAGACUACUGGCCACCUAGUUUGUCACUGUCAUUGCAGCUAGUAUCCACAGUUAAUGUUAGUGCAGGUGUAUGACUCUGUGAAUGGAUUUUGUUUGCUUUGUGAGAGAGAGUGGUUGAAACCUUCUUUGCCCCAUCCCACAUAGCCUGUCUCUGACAUGUCUUUUUCCUGCAACACACCCCACACAGUGGUAGGAACUGCUCUUGAAUGAUUCGUGUAGCUUAAAGGUCCACUGUUAGCGUAAUUAUUAUUUUUUCCCCACCACACAAGUGUCCAUGCUCAGCCCAAGUUGACCACACUAUCUUACUACCACUAAUGUCUGUAAUCUGACCAGAAAUGAUGCUCAGACCCCUGAAACCCAGCAGCUUUUGGAGCCUCCCCUUCCAUUUCUUAUCCUCCUCCCUCCACCUUCUGCUUCCCUCUCUCCUCCUUUUUUCACUGCUAAACUGUAAAUAUCAAGUACCUUUUAUUUUAUUUUGUUAUUUUUAUUAUAUUGUUGUUCUUGUAAUUUUUUUUCUCUAGUAGACCGGCGCAGCAGCAGCCGGACUGUUUUAUCCUCAGUCGCAGUUUGUAAAUACAAUUUCAUUUCAGUCCCUGGUUCACACGGGGAAAAACAGAACAAAAUGUUUCAUUUUUAUUCUCUCUCCCUCCAUUUCUCUCUUCACAACUUUCCCUUUUCCCCCAUAAAUGUUAUAACUGUUUUAUUUAUUGUAUAUUGGGGGAGGGGGGCUUUAAGUUUCCACAGGGGUGGUAAAAUUGGGGGAUUUGUGCUUUUGUUUUAGUUUUUUAAUUCCAAAUUUUAGUCCAUCAGUGUCACAUGCUAAAUGAGGUCACAUCCAAGAUACUGUACUCUGAUCCAGGCGUUGGAGUGUGUGUUCCACUUAGUAUGUACACAGGUGUACAUGCUAGCCAACAAGUGGAACUCCAGCUUUCAAUUUAACUUCAGCAUGAAGGGAAUGUUACAAGCCUCUGGAUCUGUGGGAUUGUGAUGUUUGGAGGAAGCUCUGAUCACCAUGUGUGUGUGAGUAUAUGUGUGUGUGUGCGUGUGUGCGUGCAUGUGCCUGUGCCUGGAGGAUAGGGGGAAAAUGAAUCUGUGACUUGACCUGUAUCAUCUCCUGUGUCCUACCGUCUCCUGUUUUCACUUACUGUGUGUUGUACGAGUGUAACUGCUUUGACCUAUGGUCAGUAUGUAUGUUUCAUAGAUACUUGGUGAAUUUUUUUGAGCACAGCUGCAGGGAAUGUAUGUGUGUUUGUAUGUGUGCUGGCAGACCAUGGACAUUAUUCUCUGUACUUGUUCCUAAAUGAAGAGCUGGCUAAACGUACUAUUUUAAUGUUUCUUUUUCUAUCUUCUGAUCUGCCUCACUUUCUUUUUAAUUUACUGUGACCUUGCUCUUUUAUCACCCUUGUCUGAGGUGUAAAUGUCAUCUUAGGGAACAGAACGGUUGGAUAAAGGAGAUGAUGAGGAGAGAGAGAUGGAGUGAGAGAGACAGUUUUGGUUUGUUGGUAUAAAUAAUGAAACUCAUUAAUAAAGUGAUGAAACUG